GGCACACGGCCAAGAAAACGGCAGCAAGAUGGCAGGCGCGCACGGCCAAGUAGUUCCCGGCAGCCACGGUCUACGGCUAGCAAGACGAGCCGCUUCCAUGCGGGCCCACGCGACGCCUAGUUCUCUCCGCAGUCCGCUCGCUGGCUCGCCGGCCGCCUUCUCCUCUCCUCGGUAACAAAGGAGCGACCGCAGCAUAAAAAGCUUCUAGACGCGCCACUGUCGCGCCCAGCUCCCACGCCUCCCCUCCCCUCGCGCUGCUUCUAGAAGCCUCCAGCGAUGGACGCCCGCCGCGACGACGAGGAGGAGGCGGCGGCGCCGCUCCUGGGCGCGCCCGCUCCGAGGAGCCACGCCGCCGACGUGCACGUCCUCUCCGCCGCGUUCGUGUGCUUGUUCUCCGCCUACAGCGCCGCCCAGAACCUCCAGAGCACCGUCAACGACGAGGGCGACCUGGGCACCGUCUCCAUGGGGGUGCUUUACACCUCCUUCACGCUCUUCGCGGUCGCGGCGUCGCCUGUGGUCAGGUGGCUGGGCGCCAGCCGCGCGCUCGUCAUCGGCACCAGCGGCUAUCUGCUCUUCAUCCUCGCCAACCUGGUCCCGACAUGGUACACAAUGGUACCAGCUUCACUGUACCUGGGUUUUACCGCAUCAAUCAUUUGGGUUGGGCAGGGCACAUAUCUUACUUCUGCUGCCCUCAGUCAUGCAAGAGACAACAAUUUGCCCGACGGUCCAACUUUAGGAAGCUUUAAUGGAGAAUUCUGGGGUGUGUUCGCUAGCACACAGGUCAUUGGGAAUUUGAUCUCACUUGCUCUACUGAGAAAUGGAAAGGAUGGAGGAAGUGUAACAGGAAAAAAUCUGCUGUUUGUUGUGUUCCUUGGAUGCAUGAUUAUCGGCAUUGUAUUGAUGUGUUUACUGUCCAAAAGGGAUGAGAAACGAGAUAAUGCUUCGACACACUCCUCAUUUGGAUCUAUGUUGAAGUAUAUUGUUGCCCCUCUCAAGGACCGUAGGAUGAUUCUUCUGAUCCCUCUUAUCGCAUAUUCAGGUUUACAGCAGGCAUUUGUAUGGGCUGUAUUCACAAAGAGUAUUGUGACACCUGUGCUUGGCAUAUCUGGAGUUGGUGGCGCCAUGGCAAUUUAUGGCGCAUCUGAUGUAGUUUGUUCAUUGGUUGCUGGACGUUUUACCUCUGGGCUUCAUUCAGCUACAUUUAUAGUGUCAGUUGGAGCUAUCGUUCAGGCUGUGGUCCUGUUCUGGUUGCUUCUUUUUUACAGUCCAAUGGAGGGGCUACUUGGUGCAGCGAUUCCACUAUUUAUAGGUGCCUUAUGGGGUGUUGGUGAUGGAGUCUUGAACACACAGUUAAGUGCAUUACUUGGAUUGCUGUUCGAGGAUGUCAAGGAAGCAGCUUUUGCACAGUUGAAGGUUUGGCAAUCAGGUGCCAUCGCAGUCAUCUUCUUCUUGAGCCCAAGCAUCACACUACAAGCAAUGCUUAUCUUGAUGGCCACAUCACUCGUCAUCUCCUUUGGCUUGUUCCUGUUACUUACCCUUGUUGUCGAGAAGCCAUCAAGCAUCAGAGCAUGAGGCAAAUCCUAUUUCGGUGUGCAGACGGUGUCGUCGUCACCACAUGGUUAGUGACCAACAGCAUGUACAACCACACUGGUGUAUUGACCUGUGAUAUGAAACAGAGAAGGAAGAGCAUCAUCAUCCAUCACGACGCGACGCCAUGGCAACGUGCACAUCAUGCUAUUCAUGUCAGACAUUGUUUGCUGGAGGUCUGAAGUGAAGAGGUUGCAGGCAAAAUGUGGGAAGUGAGAGUCGGCCUUGCAUUUCGUUUCCUGCCACUUUUCAAUCCCCUGUUAUUGCCCAUGACCGUGUCUUGUUACAGGAACCACAUACUCCAUUAUAAUUAUAAUUUAUAUAAGAGGCAACAUUUCAUUCAAACAA